AUGUCCAGAGGAGCAGAGAUGGUUUAUAUCCCGGAUGACUCCGACUUCAGCUCCUUCAGGGAUCAGUGCGAGAGCUUGGAGGGCUGGCACUGUCGGUAUAACAAGGCUGGCGUGACCGUGUGGAGUCAGGGCCAGGAGGAAAGCUGCACCGUGCAGAAAAUCAAGACUCGUAUCUCCUGCAACGACGUCCCUGCUGAGACGCUCUAUGAUGUGCUGCACGACACCCGCUACCGCAAGAAAUGGGACUCGAACAUGAUUGAAACCUACGACAUCGGGCGCCUGACCGUUAAUGCUGACGUGGGAUACUACUCCUGGAAAUGCCCGAGCCCACUGAAGAACCGGGAUUUCGUCACCCUGCGCUCCUGGCUGCCCCUGGGCAAUGACUACAUGAUCAUCAACUACAGCGUCAAGCACCCGAAAUACCCACCCCGGAAGGAUUUCGUGAGGGCCGUGUCCCUGCAGACAGGUUACCUGAUCAAGGCGAACGGUGCCGGUGCCUGCGUCCUCUAUUAUCUCACCCAGGUGGACCCUCGCGGGUCGCUGCCAAAGUGGGUGGUGAACCGCGUCUCCCAGUUUGUGGCACCGAAGGCAAUGAAGAAGAUCUACAAGGCUGGGCUGAAGUACCCGGAGUGGAAACGCAAGCAUGAUCCCGGAUACAAGCCCUGGGUGUACCCGGAGCAGAACACGCUGCCCAGUGUCAGCCUGGCCGAGCUCUCAGUGCAGCACGCCGACUCGCUGGAGAACAUCGAUGAGACGGGGCUGCCUGAGGACCAUCUGAGCACCAGUGACCAUGAGGCCUGA